GAUAGUUGUGAGCUGCCUUGUGGGUGCUGGGAAUUGAACCUGGAUCCUCUGGAUGAGGAGCUAGCACUCUUAACCGCUGAGCCAUCUCUCCAGCCCCUUUGUAUACCUUUCUAUUACAGUCUCCCACAGUCUCUUCAGUCUGUCCUUCCAUAUUCGUUCUGGUGUUUAACUCCCUUCACAGGCGUCCCUAGCCACAAACUCUGUGUCAGCCCACUGCUGAGGGAAGCCCCUAGUAACCCCUUGCAGAGGCUAAGCAGACUGAGGUCCAGUGCCCCCUUAGUCCGGGAGACCAGUCCCGCCCCAUCCCAGCGGGCUGAGUCAGGAGGCAGGAACUGGGCGGGCGGGAGGCUCCCACAGCAGUCAGAAACCGGGGCCAGAGCGGCUGGCAGUGAGCUUGGAGCCCAACGGGGCUGGUACCAAAAAGCCCCGGGCCAGCGGGACACAGUGAGUGAGCGUGAGUCGGGGGCCAUCCGGAACUUACUAUGAACUCCAAAAAGAGAGGGAGCCCCGCGCGAACUCAUUCCAUGAUGUCCCUGUCGGUGCGGCCGCAGCGCCGCCUGCUCAGCGCCCGGGUCAGUAGGAGCCAGUCCUUCGCAGGCGUCCUCGGCAGCCACGAGCGCGGGCCCAGGAGCUUCACCGUCUUCAGCCCACCAGGGCCCCCACGGAAGCCUCUAGUGCUCUCCAGAGUGUCAAGGAUGUUUUCUGUGGCCCACCCAGCCCCCAAGGUGCCACAGCCGGAGAGGCUGGACCUGGUGUACGCCGCUCUUAAGCGGGGACUGACGGCCUACUUGGAAGUGCAUCAGCAGGAGCAAGAAAAGCUCCAGCGCCAGAUAAAGGAGUCCAAAAGGAAUUCCCGCCUAGGCUUCCUGUAUGACUUGGACAAGCAAGUCAAGUCCAUCGAACGCUUUCUUCGACGACUGGAAUUCCACGCCAGUAAGAUUGACGAGCUGUAUGAAGCAUACUGUGUCCAGCGGCGUCUCAGGGAUGGUGCCUACAACAUGGUCCGUGCCUAUAGUACUGGGUCCCCGGGGAGUCGAGAGGCCCGAGACAGCCUGGCUGAGGCCACUCGAGGCCAUCGAGAGUAUACAGAGAGCAUGUGUCUUCUGGAGAACGAGUUGGAGGCCCAGCUGGGCGAGUUUCAUCUCCGGAUGAAAGGGCUGGCUGGCUUCGCCAGGCUGUGUGUGGGCGAUCAAUAUGAGAUCUGCAUGAAAUAUGGCCGUCAGCGCUGGAAGUUGCGAGGCCGGAUCGAGAGCAGUGGAAAGCAGGUGUGGGACAGCGAGGAGACCGUUUUUCUUCCCCUACUCACAGAAUUCCUGUCUAUCAAGGUGACAGAAUUAAAGGGACUGGCUAACCACGUAGUUGUGGGCAGUGUCUCCUGUGAGACCAAGGACCUAUUUGCUGCCCUGCCCCAGGUUGUGGCCGUGGAUAUCAAUGACCUUGGCACUAUCAAGCUCAGCCUAGAAGUCAUAUGGAGUCCCUUUGACAAGGAUGACCAGCCCUCAGCUGCUUCUACAGUUAACAAAGCUUCCACGGUCACCAAGAGAUUUUCCACCUAUAGCCAGAGCCCUCCAGACACACCCUCGCUUCGGGAACAGGCCUUUUACAACAUGUUACGGCGACAGGAGGAGCUUGAGAAUGGGACAGCAUGGUCCCUGUCCUCCGAAUCGUCAGAUGAUUCAUCCAGCCCACAGCUCUCUGGCACCGCUCGACACUCAUCAACUCCCAAGCCUCUGGUGCAGCAGCCGGAGCCCCUGCCUGUCCAAGUUGCCUUCCGAAGGCCAGAGAGCCUCACGUCUGGUUCCAUGGAUGAAGAGCCGGCUGUGACCCCGGGCCUGGUCAAUGGGCACGCCCCUUACAGCCGGACUCUCAGCCACAUCAGCGAGGCCAGCGUGGAUGCUGCCUUGACUGAGGCCGUGGAAGCUGUGGACUCAAAAAGCCCAACCCCAGGGCCAAGCCCACUUGUGUAUCCAGAUCCCACCCAUGUGGAGCGUGUCAGUGUUCCUCCUGUCGCCGACAAUGGCCAUUCUGACACAAGCCCCGCCCUCAGCACCACUGGCCCUGCCCCCACAUUUAUAGACGCAGCCCCAUCUACACAGCUAGACUUAGCUCACGAAGCCACAGACUCUGGCCCGUCUGAGUUGCCAAGCGUCAUACAUACUACUGCAAGCUCUGCGUAUAGUGCAGUAAGCCCUAUCAACAGUGUUUCAAGUGUUACUUCCACCACCAGAGGUUCUACCCACAAACCCACACCCUCUCCCCUCACCUCUACAGGCUCUAUUCCCAAUCUUAUAGACUCAGUCCAGGCUACCACAAGCCCUGCUCACACUACCCCAAGCCCUACCCAUACUGCUACAAGCCUCACCCACACUACUGUAAGCCCUACACAUAACACUGUAAGUCCCACCACCUGCACUACCCCAAGCCCCUCCAGUGCUACUCCAAGCUGCAGCCACAGUACCACUAGCCCUACUCAUGAAGCCAAGAUGUCAACUCAUGUCAUCAGUGCUGUGGGCCCAGUCCAGACCACUACAAGUCCCAUUUCUACACCUGAAAGCCCCUCUCCUAUAGACAUUGCUCUAAUCUCCAGCUCCUCUGCAGAAUCCACCGGCCCAGGCACUGAACCUCUGCCCUGUCCUCACCCAGCCUCUACCCCCGGCACGAAAGCAGACCCCACAGCAUCCUGCACCUCCCACCAGAGUCUUGCUUCCUCUGGUUCAAAACCCCAGACAAGCCCUGCCGCAGAUUCCCCAGAACAAAUCCCUAAGAGCCCAAGUUGCUCUCCCUCAUCCAUCGCCCCUGAACCCCAACAUUCAGAACGUAGCCCGGCCAUAGCUGCUCAAGCCCCAGCCGCAGCUGCUCAAGCCCCAGCCCCUGAAGGGACUGGAGGAGCUGGGGACCGAAGGCUCGAAGAGGCUCUCGGGACCCUCAUGGCUGCCCUGGACGACUAUCGGGGUCAGUUCCCUGAACUGCAGGGCCUGGAGCAGGAGGUGACUCGACUGGAGAGUCUGCUCAUGCAGAGACAAGGCCUGACUCGAAGCCGGGCCUCCAGUCUUAGCAUCACUGUGGAGCACGCCCUGGAGAGCUUCAGUUUCCUUAACGAUGAUGAAGAUGAAGACAACGAUGGUCCUGGUGACAGGCCCACAAGCAGCCCAGAGGUUGUGGCAGAGGACAGGCUAGACUCAUCAAAUGCCCAGUCUCUAAGCACAGGGUGCUCAGCCCUGGAUGCUACCUUGGUCCAGCACCUGUACCACUGCAGCCGCCUCCUGCUGAAACUGGGCACAUUUGGGCCCCUGCGCUGCCAGGAGGCAUGGGCCCUGGAACGGCUGCUGAGGGAAACACGUGUGCUCCAGGAAGUGUGUGAGCACAGCAAGCUUUGGGGGAGCGCUGCCACAUCUGCCCAGGAAGUGGUACAGUUCUCUGCCGCUCGGACCGGCUUCCUGACUUUUUGGGACCAGUGUACAGAGGGACUCAGCCCCUUCAUCUGCCCUGUGGAGCGGGUGCUCCUCACUUUCUGCAGCCAGUAUGGCGCCCGUCUUUCCCUGCGCCAGCCAGGCUUGGCCGAGGCUGUGUGCGUGAAGUUCCUGGAAGAUGCGCUGGGGCAGAAGCUGCCCAGGAGGCCCCAACCAGGCCCUGGCGAGCAGUUCACCAUCUUCCAGUUCUGGAGUUAUGUAGAAGCCUUGGACAGCCCCUCCAUGGAUGCCUAUGUGACCGAGACUGCAGAGGAGGUGUUACUGGUGCAGAACCUCAACUCGGACGACCAGGCUGUGGUGCUGAAAGCUCUGAGGCUGGCGCCAGAGGGGCGCCUGCGCAAGGACGGGCUUCGGGCCCUGAGCUCCCUGCUGGUCCAUGGCAACAGCAAAGUCAUGGCCGCCGUCAGCACUCAGCUUCGGAGCCUGUCACUUGGUCCUGCCUUCCGGGAAAGGGCUCUAUUGUGCUUCCUGGAGCAACUUGAGGAUGAGGAUGUGCAGACCCGAGUGGCCGGAUGCCUGGCUUUGGGCUGCAUCAAGGCUCCUGAGGGCAUUGAGCCUCUGGUGUACUUGUGCCAAACAGACACAGAAGCUGUGAGGGAAGCCGCCCGGCAGAGCCUACAGCAGUGCGGGGAAGAAGGGCAGUCUGCCCAUCGACAGCUAGAGGAGGCCCUGGAUGCUCUGCCCUGCAUCUUUGGACCCAGCAGCAUGGCCAGCACGGCCUUCUGAACUCUGAUCGCUGGCUCCCAGUGUUCCUUCCCUCGAUUUCAGGGCUCACCAGGCACUGGCAGGGAGGGUGAGGGCUGGUUCCAGUCACCUCUCCCCACAAAUUCCUAUCAAUGAAAAUCUAAUAUAUUCUUUUGUUACCACUGGGGUUGGCAGGACGCCUGAAAUGAUGAAGUGCCUCCCAGCCGUGGAUCUGAUAGUCUUUGCCACAAACCGUGUCAGAGGCCUGGCCAUUUAUUUGGUCAUCUUGCUCUGCCUCACCACAUCCCUUGGUUUUGUAUUUUAUUUACAGAGUUUUACAGAAAAUAAAAAAGCAAACUGUGUUUCCUA